ACGAUUGGCGUACUGCACGUUUCCAGAAUCGUCGUUUCUCAGGCAACUGUCAAGUGUGUAUCGCGCAUUUAUCAUUUUGUAGUAGUAAAAGUUACAACUGGUGUGAUAUCGAUAUUUUGGGAAUCAAAGAUAGGAUAAAGAUUAGAAAACAUGCCGAAGGAAGAGCAAUUUGACGGAAUGCUGCUGGCGAUGGCUCAGCAACACGAGGGAGGCGUACAAGACCUUUUGGAUACGAUAUUCAGUUUCUUGGCUCGAAAGACUGAUUUCUACACUGGAGGUGGUGAGGGCGCAGCAGAAAAGCUUGUGAUGAGUAAAUUUAAGAAACAUGAGGCAACUGCAGUAAAUAAAGUAUCAGCUGAGAAGGCAGAGCGAGCUGAGCAAGAAAGGAGACGUAAGGAAAGAGCAGAGCGAAAGAAGAAAGAAGAGGAAGAACAGUUCAAAAGCGAGUCAAAGAUUGUUGAAUUGACAGACGAACAAGCAGUCGAGCUGCAAGCUGAGCUCGACAGCAAAAAAGUAUCUACCGAGCCACCAGCUGUUGCCGGACCUAGCGGAGAUAUUGCACAAGUAAAGACUGAGGAAGUUGGUAGUGGUAAACCAGAGAAAGAUGAUGAUGAGGAAGAAGAUGAAAAGGAGAAGGGGAAAUUGAAGCCUAACAGCGGUAAUGGUGCUGACAUGCCUAACUACAGGUGGACACAGACUCUUCAAGAAGUUGAGUUGAAGGUGCCACUGAAGGUGAAUUUCUCAGCAAGGCCAAAGGACCUGGCUGUUUCCAUAACGAAAAAACAUCUCACUUGCGGCGUGAAAGGUGAACCACCAAUUAUCGACGGCGACUUUCCCCAUGAAGUUAAAUUGGAGGAGUCUACUUGGGUUAUAGAAGAUGGAAAAGUACUUCUUAUCAAUUUGGAAAAGGUUAACAAAAUGCAAUGGUGGUCCCAUGUCGUGACAUGCGAUCCCGAAAUAAGCACGAAGAAAGUGAAUCCUGAACCAAGCAAGCUUUCGGAUUUGGACGGCGAAACGAGAGGUUUGGUCGAGAAGAUGAUGUACGACCAGAGGCAGAAGGAGCUGGGUCUUCCUACUUCGGACGAGCAGAAAAAACAAGACGUCAUUAAGAAAUUCAUGCAGCAGCAUCCGGAAAUGGACUUUUCUAAGUGCAAGUACAACUGAAAAGGAUUGUGGACAUUUGAUGGCACGAGUUGCUCGAAUGUAAUAAUUCUAACUUAGUUAGGAUU